CAUGAGGUAAAAGUGAGGAAGUCUGUGAAAAAUCCCCUCUUCGAGCUGGGGUUGUAUGCUACAAAGUCUUAUUCUUUGAGAGUCAGAGGAGGAAUACGGUGAAACAAGCCUCAGCAAGUGGAAUUACAGAAGACGCAUAAGGGCAGAGUAUGUCGACAGAAAGUCCUCUCAGACUUCGACCCCUUCUGCUUGGCAUUGUCACUCUGGGAUGCAUUGUGUGUCUGUUCCUGGUGUAUUUUCAGCCACCCACCAGGUGGUUAGUGAAUCCUGUUGAGGCAACAGUAUCUGCAGAUGAUAUGAAAAACGUGUUUGUUAGUAAGACUGGUAAAAACCUGACCAUUGUGCUGAUGUGGCUCUUCCCGUUUGGGAUCCACUAUGACUUGGACGUUUGUGGCUCACAAUUCAACAUCAAGGGCUGUUUCCUCACAUCAGACAAGAACUUUUACAGCAAAGCCAACGGCGUUGUCUUCCAUCACAGAGACAUUAGCACUGACCUGUCCAACCUACCACUGCUCCCGCGACCGCACUUUCAGAAGUGGAUAUGGAUGAACUUUGAGUCUCCAUCAUAUACCUCCAAGUUGCCUGGGAUUAAGAACCUGUUCAAUCUGACCCUUAAUUACCGCCAGGAUGCUGACAUUGCAGUGCAUUCUGGCUAUAUCAUGCCACUGGAACAUAAGGAGACCUUUGUACCAGUGGAAAAAGACAAGCUGAUCUGUUGGAUUGUGAGCCACUGGAGGCCAGAACAUGAACGUGUGAAAUACUUCAAUGAACUGACCAAACACAUUCCGGUUCAUGCGUACGGACAAGCCUUUGGGAAUAAAAUCCCAUGGCAAGACUAUGACUCCACCAUCACCAGCUGUAAGUUCUACCUUGCCUUUGAAAACUCUAUUCACAAGGACUACAUUACUGAAAAACUGUAUAAUCCACUAUCUUUGGGAACCGUACCAGUGGUUCUUGGCCCACCUAGGCAGAACUAUGAGAACUUUGUCCCGGGUGAUUCAUUUAUCCAUGUAAACGACUUCACAUCACCCAAAGAAUUGGCUGACUACUUACUGCUACUCGAUAAGAAUGAGGAAAUGUACCUCAGGUACUUUGAGUGGCGACGUCACUUUAAAGUAAGGAAGCCCUACAUUUGGUCCGAACACACAUGUUUGGUGUGUGAUUACUUGCGUAACCACAAAGAAUACAAGACAGUUAAGAACCUGGACAAGUGGUACUGGGACUGAUCGUGCUUUAUUUGUUUUGCUGUUGAAUACUCAAGUUUGAAAGGUUUGUUUUUCACUUAACAUCAAGGUCUGUUACUAUUUACGAGGUCUGUUAGAAAACUAUCCGACCUUUUUAUUUAAAAAAAAACUAUAUGGAUUUGAAUCGUGUGCGCUUGCAUCAGCCAAGCUUGAACCUUCGUGCGCAUGCUUGAGU